AGAGUCGUUGACAUCUCCUCUGCUGUUUUUCACCUUCUGUCCUGAAUAUGUGUGUCUUUCUUAGUUAGAAGCGAAGCCUACACAUUGAUUUACGGUAACAGUAUGCACCGUACUCAACCGUGAAGAUACUUUGUGUUGCAUUGGUAGCGUGCUUUGAAUGAAUCUACAGCAACAUGCCUAAGAGUUGGUAGAUUGUGCUGAAACAGAAGCGCGCGUGUUUUUAUGCACCUGCUUACCCCGUCGGCGGUGUUUGUGGGAUUGCUAACCUAAGUUCGAUAAAAAGAGGAAACUAAACACAUAUAGGAAGUGUAAACCUGUUUCGCCAACAAAGCACUGUGCGGCUUCUAACUGCAGCCCCACCAUGAGCAUGAAAUCAGGCGUUUCUCUGCUCCAGCUCUCAAGGAUGGGAUUAAGACUUUGUGCUUCUAAAGUCCCUUUCUGCGAAGCCAGGGUCACAUUCAGUUUAACAAGAACUUCUACUUGUCGUCCUCUUCUCUCACCCUUUCUGCCUGUACCCAGCAGUCACUCUUACUCCAGUAGUGUCAAGGUGCGGUCAUACCUUCAAUACAUGAAACACAAGAUCAAACCCCCUCCAAGUCCUCCUUAUGGACAUGUGUGUCAGGUAGGGGACCCAGUGCUGCGUGCUCAUGCAGCUGCUGUUGAUCCAGCAGCCAUUACAGGCCCUGAGGUCCAGAAGGUCAUCAAGACUCUGGUGAAAGUGAUGCGGAAAAUGGAGUGUGUGGGACUAAGCGCGCCUCAGGUUGGGGUGCCGCUCCGCAUCCUGGCUCUGGAAUAUCCUGAGAAAAUGUUGGAAGAGAGUUCGUCUGCAUCGAGGGAGGUCCGUGGUCUUUCUGCGCAGCCGUUGAGGAUCUUUGUCAACCCCCAGCUGAGAGUCUUGGAUGGACAGACUGUGCUUUUUCAGGAGGCCUGCGAGAGCAUCUCAGGCUUCUCUGCCACGGUUCCACGAUACUUGUCCGUGGAAGUGUCUGGUCUGAAUGAGAAGGGCGAGGCUGUGACGUGGCAGGCCAAAGGCUGGUCAGCUCGUAUCCUCCAGCAUGAGAUGGACCACCUGGAUGGAGUCCUGUACAUCGACCGCAUGGACAGCAAGACCUUCGUCAACAUCAACUGGCAGUCAUACAAUGAAUAGAAGGACGGAUCCCAAACAGUUACAUAGAUAUCUAAACAGUAAUAUAUUAACUGUAUAUAUUGAUUUUCCACCAUUUCUGGUUACAUCCACUUCAUUUCUGCUCAACCUACACUGUGUUUAUAAAAGCCACUUUGGACUGGACAAUGGAGCUGGAGUUGAUUAAAAACAAAACCUCAGACAGAUUUUUAUAAAUUCUCUCAAAAGCUGGAAUCUGUUUAGAGGAGUUCAUUAAAUUUAAAUUCUUGUCAGACGAUCACUGAAGUGUUCCUGGAAUAUAUUGGUGACAUUAGUUCGACCUCUUUUGGUCUCUGCAUGGACUGUUGUCUUGCAUACAACCAAAGCCGGCUCAUAUUUGAUUAUCAAUACCACUGACCGUAAACUAAGACAUUAGCUACAGAAACUGAAAAUCUUUCACCUUCAGAUUCUGCAUUCAUUUGCAGAUAUCUGUUAACCUAGAUUAUGCAGGAAAUUAUAUAUUUCAGGUAAAGAGACACCCCGUAUCAAAAUGAGCUUAAACUGAAAAUCCAUUACUGCAAUGAUCAAGUGUUUCUUCAAUGGGGGAUGCAAGGUGGAUUGUGUUCAGUGUUUUUCAAAUCAACUAAAAAAGGCUUGAUUGACCUGACAUUAAGAAAGUUGUCAAAUAUUGUAUCUUAAAGAUAACUGUGUGCUCUGGGUAUUGGGCCUAAAUUCAAUGAAUAAACAAGCUUUAUGUUGGACCCUCAUCUGGAACUAAUGUUGUGAACGAAUCAAAUUGUUUUACUAGUUCAAAGAUUUUGGAAAGCUUUUGGAGCUCGGUAAAUUCCUUGAUUUCCAACUCAGGGAGAGACAUUAAAAUGAAAAACAUCUGUCAAAA